AGAGUGUGAAAAAUGGCGUCCAUCUCCGCCACAACCACAGCUUCUUCCUUCAUCCAUGCAUCUCUCCGUCGCAACCCCUCUCUAGGGGUUUCCUCCGCCCCAGUUCUCGGGCUGCCGUCGAUGGCGAAGAGAGGGAGAGUGGUGAAGUGCUCGGCGGAAGGAAACGGAAGCAACGGCAGCGGGUGGGAGAAGAAGGGGAUGAUGAGCGCUUCGCUGAUGACGGCGGUGGCCGCAGCA